UGCUGUAGGUAUAGAUUGUCAAAAAACUUCACGCAGUCGCACUUCCAACUUCCAAGCUCGGUUUCAGGUAGUUGACUAAGAUGGGAUGUAUUGGAAAUUAAAUACGGCCAUUGCAUACACGUUGGUACUCUAUUUUCAAUUUUAUAUUAUAAUCUUUGAUUAGUACAUCCUCGCUAGAACUCAUGUUAAGGUAUUCAUGGUAGAAAAAUGGAGACAUUAUCAACUGCCUCGCAAGGGGACAGCAGCGUAAAGAGCGAUGAUAGUAGCCCACCAAAUGAAGGCGGGAGAAGCUCUCCACCCCCAAAUUGUGCUAUUUGUUUAGGAACAUGUAAAAACAAAUCAUUUACAGACUCAUGCCUUCACCAGUUUUGUUUUAAAUGUCUCCUCACUUGGAGUAAAGUUAAAGCGGAGUGCCCACUGUGUAAGCAAAAUUUCAAAUCAAUUAUUCAUAAUGUACGCUCAAAUCACCAAUAUGAGCAAUAUAUGGUCGAACAGGCUCAAGAUGAUAUUGAGAGAAUUGAAAUUGAUAAUUUUACAAAUACAACCCGAAGAUUUAGAUACAGGACAACUCUUACUUUGCCAAGGCGGGAUUCUGUGGCAAUUCAACAGCUCUUACUGCAGCAUUACCCCAUGAUGGCUGAUGUGCUCCCAGCACCUUCUCAUCGUCGUCGCCCAUCUUCAUAUUUCAGACGCACAGUGUAUAGACACAAUCUAUGGGCCCGGCCACUUCCUGACUUUACUGGAAGAUUCAGAGAUUGUACCCCUGAAUUUUACAGGUACAACAUCUCUCAAAUGCACCGUUUGAUGCCUUGGCUUAACAGGGAACUUCACUAUUUAUUAAAUGAAAAUACUGGCCAUAUUUCAUAUGUGAUGAGUCAAAUCAUAGAUUUACUUCCUAGAUAUCACAUUAAUUCACCGGAAUUUCGGGAGGCAGUGCAAAGAUAUUUUGGUGAUAGAACAGAACAUUUUCUACACGAGCUGUAUUGUUUCGCUUCAACACCAUAUGAUAUGGCUGGAUAUGACCGAAACGUACAGUAUACUACGGACUCUCGUAUAUCAACUAUGGUGAAUGAAGUACUUUCGAGCUCGGAUUCGGAAAGCAGCGUAGAUUCUGAUAUAGUGUUGGUUUCGCGUUCAAUGCCAGCUGAGGCGCCUCCAGGUCCUUCGCGAAUACCAGCCCCCGUAUAUCCUCAGAACUUCAUUUCAGAACCUGCUGCAGACAAUGUAAUACCUAUCGAAACAAUAUCCCAAUCUGACUCCGAUGACGAUUCAUCAGAAGUUAUGGUCAUUGGAUACAUAAAACCUCCUCAUGCACGAACGCCUGAAGUAGUAGAUUUAUUGGGAUCAGAUAGUGAUGUAGUAAUUGAAGAUGAACCACAACCAGAACCAACUCAAACUUCCGAAACACAAGAAAGUAGACCAGCACCUCUUGUAAAAUUAACACUAACGCAACAUAAUGUUCAACCUGCUGCUGACUCUGAGAGUGAAGGCAGCACAUACACCCCACCUCUGCCUCGUAAAAGACCACACGAGUUAAUAGACAGUUCACCUGUAUCCUCUAGUGUGGAAACAUCACAAAGUUCAUCGACUUCAUCCAAAUCGAUAAACACAUCAUAUUCGUCGACAAGUUCAUCAACACUAUCCUACUACAGCGAUUCUAGUUGUGAUUUAUUUACACCACGUGAGAAGAAAACAAAGAAAAAGAACACAAAAAAAUCUAGUAAUAAUCCAGAGAAACCAAAAAAGAAAUCUAAAAAAAGCAAAUCAAAUACACAUAAAAAUAAGAAAAUUAAAAUCAGUAGCACUCCUGACAAAAAAGUUACAAAUAAUAAUCGAAAGUCUACUUCUGGUAAGGGGGUGAAGUCUUCAAAACGAUCUAAUAGUACUACUAAUGCUCCUCCAAGUUUAGAUCAACCUAGUACAAGUGGUACCCAAACUAGUAGUAAAAGCAGUAAAAAGCGAAAGAUAGAUAUGAAACAUAGUAGUCGUGAGAGCAAAAGACUGAGAAGCGUGGUUAAUGUUGUAAAUAGGUAUCUUAGAAGUUCUAGUAGUCGAGAGUCGAAUCACACCAGUACCUCAAAGUCAUCAUCUAGUACUAGCACUUCCAAUCCCGAACAAAAUGGAACAGUCCUAGACAAUGUUACCAGUGCAAGUGCGAACUUAUCAGAUUCAUCUGAUUCCGAGUACAACCUUCCAUUGAAUCUAACUGUUAAAAUAUCGCAGCCUCAAAAAUAAAAACAUGCUGUGAUUUAUUAAUUUAAAAUUGCCAGAAAUUAAUUACUAAGAUUCAGAUAUAAUACAUUAUGUGCUUGUAAUUACUGAUACAUUUCAUUCGGCAUGUUUAUUUACAGUAUUGAAGCUGAAGCGACAAUAUUUGUAGUUUUUAUAUUAUUUCUGCGAAGGAAUGAAUCUGAGAAAAUUUUUGAGAAAACGAAUUAUAACACUGGUGUAAUUAUCGGAGAUGUUAAUUUCAACCAGUGUUUGCUUUUAAUAAGCUUAUUGUAAGCUACCAUCAGUGAAGGAGUAGUUUGAUUUGUUUGCAAUAAAUUUAAAAGUUCUUAAAACUAAAUUAUAAAAAAUAAUAAAUGUAUAUUUUUCAUAUCUAUUUAUGAUUGUUUGUUAUUAAAAUAAUAAAUGAAUGAAGGCAGCCAAAUUACAUCGCCAUUCAAAAAUGCUGAUAUGUACAUGAUACUUUGAAUUGGUACAUAGUGUGCUAAAUGUCAACAAAAUAUUGUAAAUAAAUCAAUAAUAUAGACAUAGCAUUAGAUUUUUGUAAAUGAACAAUGUUUUUAUCCGGUUCUUGGUAAUUUAAUAUUUAUUUCUGGAUUUUUGUUCCAUGUACUUGAAUGGUAUGUAUGUGAUACUGAUUAAGAAUUAAAAUUAUGCAUCAUAUAAA